GCUCAGAAGACAGCGAUAAAACAGAAGUCUGCUCUCUGUCAUCUAAUUCAUCGUGUGAUUGUGAUAUAUUUUGAGAAAUUUUCAGAAAAAUAUAAAUUGAAAUAAGUUUUUAAAAAUAUAUGCAACACAGGGAAAAUGACCCUUUAUCAUUUUGGUAACUGUGUAGCGCUGGUAUAUGUGCCAUACUACAUGACAUACAAAUACUCAGGCCUAUCGGAAUACGGAGCGUUUUGGAAAUGCAUUCAGGCCGGUGGUAUUUACAUUUUCACCCAAUUGUGUAAAAUGCUCGUGCUGGCUACCUUCUUCCCUGAUACUGAUAGUUUUAUAGGCGAUGAUCAAUUCAAUUUGAUCGCGGAAUUUCUUCGCUGCAGUGUGGAUUUAGUUGAUCUUCUUGGAUUAGCAUUUGUAUUGUCAAAAAUCCCUGGUAAAGGUCAUAGUAAGCUAAUAACAGCUGGGCUCGGAUGGGCGACAGCAGAAGUUAUCCUGUCACGUGGUUUAAUGCUAUGGGUUGGCGCUCGUGGAGCUGAAUUUUCGUGGAUUUACAUUCAACGGUGCCUAGAAUCAAAUAUCUCACUAGUUCAGCAUUUGACCACAGCUACCCUGCUUUGGCUGUUUUCACGUCAUGACUUAGAGAAAAAGUACGUGCCUCUGGUGAUUGUGUUACUGGUUGCUAUUUCUUUUCGUGGUGUUUGGCUCGAAGGAACCUUGCAGGCACUUUCGGCUGGAGCGUGGUUCGGACUAGCCAUGAAGGCAUUUAUUACCGCAAGUUUUGGAUUCGUAACUCUUCACGUGUACUCUGGUCUGGCGCAAUCGAUUGGUUUGUAAACAAUACGCAAUAAUUGUGGGUAGGUUUAAUUUAUUCAAUUACACAAUUUCAUAGUUUCACAAUCAAUUGAAUUAAAACAGUAAUAAAUAAUGCAAUCUCUAUAUAA